GUCCCCCUUGACAACAAGUUGAUCGUGUGGAAGUGUUUUAUGAAAAAUCCUCAAAAAAGUUACCUUUUGUCUUGUGAUCUUUAAUUUCAACAUAUCUUCAUGAUGUAGACACAGUUACCUAUGACAAGAACUUUCAUAGACUGAUGAUUAUUUAUGAGUGAGCCGUACAUAACAAAAACAAAGAUAAGAUGACUUCAGUAGUUGCUUCAAUGCAAGAGAUGAGUGAUGUCGGCGGACGGGAACCAAGUCCCCCAGCAGAACCCAAAGAUGAGGGUCAAAACAGCCCGACGCCCAGAAGAACAAGAGUCAUUGUUGCAAAGAAUGAAGCCCAAGAUGUCGCACCCUUACCAGAUCUUCGAUCCAGCGACAAUGCCAUUGACAGAUCCAGACCCUUGCCAACCUCGCUCCAAAGUGAGUUCAUCCCCGAGGAGAUUCUCAAUGCGCUGACAAAUAUCCCCUCCCCUGGGGUCAAGGAAAAGCUCAAACAGAAGGGUGUACAAAAGGCCAAGAACAAGGCCAUCAAGGCGGGGGCCCCCAGUGCUAAUAUGUGGAACUUUCCAAAUCGUAGAAGACGCUUCCAGCAUUUGACCGAUCAGCCAGUUUCCAUGACUGGCGCGGGAAGGGAUAUUUCAUUCCUGUACGACGUGGCAUUUGCUGAUAAGACUCCAGGGAAGGUAGAUCCAUCACAAGAUGCUAGCUCUGUCAGAGCCUUGGUUAAGCAGAGUGACAAAGACCAGGGCAUGAGUGUACCAGACUCUUUGAUUCCUUCAGAAUACCAUGUUGUUAAAGCAAAGGGAGUCCAGAAUCUAGACUUCCAAGAUGACAAAUACACCACCAAGCUGAUUGACACUGAGCAGAACCAGAUAUCCUUCCCUUCAAUGAAACCAGCCAGUCGCUAUGAAGUCCUACAGCUUAAAGAAACAUUAGAUCUGAUGUUAAAGAAGACCGGGAUUGACGACGAAGAGAUCGAGAUCAAAGGACCCACACAGAUGCACAACCUUCUGGAGUUAAUAAAAAAGGAACAAAAUAUUUACAACCUGAUAUUCCAUGAGCUGAUCAGACAGGUUAGUGUAGAGUGUGCUGAGAGAGGGGAGCUCCUGGCUAACCUCAGGCAGAGGUACAGCAAACUGCUGGACAAAGUACCAAGACAAGUCAAGAGUCUACAUCAAGAAGUCAUGGCCCAGAGAGCUCUGGACAGGAGGUUGACUGAAGAACUCUUCCGUUUCAAGACGUCCAUAUCAGACCUAACUGAUGAGCUGUCCGAUGUAAGGGAGCAUGACAAGGUCGUGACCUCACAGGCCCAGCAAGCACAGCAAGAGCUCGCAGCAGCACUAGCUGAAUCAGAAAAAAACGCUGGCCUACUAGCAGAGUACCAUGAGUUGUACGAGCUCCAACGAGCUCGUCUUGAAACCCAGGUCAUCGCACUCUCCAGAGAGAAGGAACUGUGGAGUGGAGCAGCCUACAACUUGGCCCUCAAGGUCACCGAGGCAAAUUCACUCUCUACUGCCCGACGUCUUCACAUCAGCGAGAGGGCGUGGUCUAAGCUGGCCAAUCACUUUACCAUCGUGCUGAGUGACCGCGAUACCGACCAGCUAUCACAGCUACAGGGCUACAUCGCGACCCACCGGCAACUGACCAUCAAGUUUGCCGACGAUCUAAGCCAAGGGGACGAGAUGUCUCACAGUCGGCUGGGUUCAAUCCGGAAAGGAAUCGAGAGAUGGAUACGAGAGUUUGACACUUUUGUUGUCAUUCAGACGGAAGCCAGUCUGGUAUCGGCCUCGACUACCAGAGAAUCCAGAUGUAGUGAGAACAUCCACACAGUGAUCCAAGCACCAAAGAUGGAGAUGAUUCAGACGUUAUACAAUGAUAUUCGCUCAUGGGAAGAGCAACUGAAUAAAGAAGUUGAGAAGUAUGGAGGAGACAUCUUGUUGGGUUUUGAGGAGGGCAUGUAUACCAUUAAGAAACAGGUGGAGAUGUGGACGGAGGUGGCUCUUCACAUCUUCAACCGUCAUCGGCCGGAGAACGGAUCUGAUUAUCCAGAGCAUGAGAGACUACUACAAUUGAAUAAGCUAACUGAGGAGUGUGAUACCUUGCACAAGCAGUUUCACAUCAGGGUAAAUGGUGAAAAUGGUUCUGCCAAGGGAUUCAUCCAAAUCGCCAAUGCCCUAGAGAGCUGGGACACCAAGCUUAACUCCAUCUUAAACGGGGGCGCUAUGCCAAUCGACGGGGAGUGGAUGCGACUCUAUGAGCUCUUCAGUGAUUGGCUAGUCACAAUCGAAGAGACAGCCGAGUGCGUCGGCAGCACGCAGAAGGAGGAGCUAAAAGCAGCGGGGAAACCUCAUGAGCAACUUCUGAUGGAUGACGUUUUCCGAAGCACCCAGAAAUGGCUUUCUAGCACCACCAAUGGGAUCGACAGUGAAGACUCAAAGCUAGUUGAACAGGUAGCAACACUCCAUGCAGAAAUGGUCCAUUGGAUUAUACAAGUGCUGCUGCGUCUGGCACCCAAUCAACCCGACAGUCCACUAGAGGCUGUGGAGAGUAGUAUGGCGACCACGGACACCAUUCCACAAAUUCAGGAAAAGUCUGCGGUGAUGUUUGACAAGUUGACUCGAUUCUCAAAUUAUAUUACAGGUUGCUGUUCCAAUAUUGUGACUGAAGAAAUGCAGAAGAGGCUGGAUGAAGGAGCAGAAGAUGCUGAUCAUGAACUACGUGAUUUAAAGAAACUCAAGGGCGAGUGUGCAGAAUGGAUCCACACUUCAACAAUACUAGUUGAGGAUCUCCGAUGCCUUGAUCCAAACUAUGUACCAGUGAUUGCACCUACUCCAGGGAGCACAGAAAUAACGUCCGAUGUUGCUGUGACGCUUGCGCCAAUCUCUCAAGUUCCUGACGGUGCUGAGCUUGUUGGCUCGGAGGCGACCCCAGACGCAGCGACCCCUGCACCAACUGUCCUGUCAGAGACACAACCCAAGACUCCUGCUUCUGCAGAAAAGGAGCAGGUUUCCGUGGCAGUGACCCCUGCAGAAAGAGAAGAGUCAUCACUCAGUCAAGAGGUCAACUUGAGCGAGGUUCAGGCCAUAGGUCAUGAUGAUAACGUACGGACUCUAUCACUAGAGGAACCCAACGGACCACCUCCAAAGUUGCAGCCCCGUAUUGCAGCUUUGCAAGCUGAAGCAGGCCCUCGUACCCCUACUCCUGAUACAGAGAAAGCCUACGAAGCACUGACGGCUGUCAAGACAUUGCAAGCCCAGCUACUCGCAACGGAAGAGCGAGCUCUAAAAGCCGAAGACCGCAUGGCCGAGCUUGAAGAUGAGCUCCGAGACACCCAAGGGAAGCUACGAGCCCUCUCGAGGAGUAGCGCCACUCCUAACCCUAACCCUACCCCAGAGAAAGCGGCAGAGACCCCCACCAUCCCUGGUGAGGUAAAAGCUGCCAGCACCACUCCUCAGCCAACUAGCUCCUCAACAUCCCCUGCUCUUCCUUCCCCCGGAGCGCAACAGCAAGGAGCGGCAGACACCCCACCGUCAACCCCAGGGCGGAGACCCCCGUCCCAACAGCAGCAGGUACGACCUCCAUCCCAAGCUUCAUCUUCGAGGUCAGGCUUGGGGUCGCGGGGGUCAUCACGCUCUAAAAAGGGCAAGUGAUUUGAAGGUCUACUUCUGCCAUUGUAUAUACAGCAAUCCGUCCAUAGCAUAGAAAUAGAACCAGAGAACGCUGAUUGCGCCAUUAUGCGUGCGAUUUCAUCGUGAGACCAAUUUUAUCGAUGGCAUUUUUGUUUUGCCAUACAGGAGACGUCAUGAUCAUUGCCCUAUGACCACACCUAGACAUUGUCUAUGUGCGCUCACAUGAUGAUUAUUUUGCCAUACACACGUUUCAGGUGGUGUGAUAAACCUGUGUCUACAGCUGACACAAGGGGCAGUCAAGCUUAGCGUUCUCCAGGUUCUCUUUCUAUGGUCCAUAUCCAUAUGCAACACUAGUGUGGUAAUUUUUUUCAAAUUGGUACAUGAAUUACACGUCAUCCAGAUACAAACUAAUCAGGAACAAUGGAUUAUGUAAAAAUUUUAAAAUAACAAUUUUUGGGGGGUCCAGAUCUACGAAUACUUUAUUUUUUUUUCAGAUGUCAACUUCAUUUUUACUGUAUUCAAAGUUUUGUCAAGCUUCAAUUGUAUAGUCAAAUUUAUUGAGCAAAAGUUGUUGCAAUGUUAUGAAAAAUCACCCUGAUGUUCCUCCUUCUGGAAUUGACGACAUGAUUUUGCAGUUUUCAAGUAAAAACUAGCCUAGUAGUACUCUGGCACAUCUGUUUUGAAUUUAUAUUUAAAAAAAAUUGGAUUGCAGACUGGGCCUGAUUAUCCAAUAGAGCUGACGAUCCAUUUAAAGCCAUUAGACACUUUCGGUAAACGGCAUUGUCAAAGGCCCACACUUCGUGUAUCACAACUUAUAU